UGCAAAGCACUGUCUGGUACUUUCUAGUCCAGCUCUGCACAGAUCAUAUCUGGAUCUUGCACAAACACAGAAGUACUGUAGCUAUUCUGUUGGUACACAGAAUAGGAUAAAACAACAGCGGAGGAGGAUGCUGCACAUUCAUGACACACAGUCCUGCAGUAGCAGUCACUACUCCGUGUCAUCCUGCAGGUUUAUACUUCAGUACCGACCAGCUUUAGAGCUGCUCCGGAGCCUGAACAAAACCUCUCUGUGUCAGUGUGCAGCUGCAGCUUCCCAGUUGUCCUAUACGGAUCUGUGACCCAGGAGCGUUGGACUUACAUAUAAAGGGGGGAAAUCCUGUGUUUCAGGAUUAACAUUUUACUUGAACAGAAGCACAGGAGGACGAUACCACUUGGUGUAUUUAUUUUAAUCCUCUUCGUUCUAAUUCCACGUUAGUUUGAGUCCAGAUACAGCAGGGAGGUUUGGUUUAACGUUUGUCGUCACAUCAGAGUCAACCCCUUUUUCUGCUUGGACUGCUCCAGUUCACGUCUGAAAAAAUCUGUUAGUUGCUGAAGAGUUCUUCAUGUCACGGACUGCUGUAGCCUCGGCACAGAGCACUGUAGCUCCUGGAUCACCUAAGCAGAUAAGCAAAUGGAUCAGAAAGAGCUGAGUGAUCCACUCAACAGCGUUUCAUUGAUUAAAGAUGAUCUGACCAAGUCCAACAUGGGUUCUUCUGGUGAAUCUGAGAAAAUGAUUCAGCGCUUGAAUGAUGAACUUCGAGAGGCCCGGGAGAUAGCCAACACAGAGAAGCAGAAAUGUAUCGAGCUACAAGGUGUUCUGGAAGAAGAGAGGAAAGGGCAUAAGCAACAAACCGAGCAAUCUUCCAAACAGAUUAAACAUCUCCAAGGCCAGCUGCAGCAGCUCCAGGAUGAGGUGGAUGUUCUAAGGGAGCAGAUAAAUGUCUCUUCCGGUUCACGUGACGAGCUGCAAAGAGCACAAGAUGAGAUGAAGUCGCUGAAACGAUCCCUGGAGGCGGCCUCUGCAGAGCGGGACCGUGAUGUCACUGCCGUCCAGUCUAACCUGGCAACUGCUUCCAAGGACCUGGACAAGUGGCGUCAGACUGCCAGUAAAUACGAGCGGGAGAUUGAGGACCUGCGACGUGAUCUGGAGCAGCAAAGCAAGCAGUGGCAGAAAACAGCUGAAAUACAAGCCAAUGAGCUGCAGUCUAUGCAGUUGGAGUGUAACAGUCUGCAGAAAGAGUGCUCCGUCCUGCGAUCCGACAAACAGGACAUGGUGAAUAAGCAUCAGAAAGAAAAGAACAGUCUGCAAAAUGAGUGUGCCUCUCUGAGGGCAGAGAAGGAGGAGAUCUUUAAGGCUCACCAGAAAGAAAAGGCCAGUGUGCAGAGUCAAUGUGCAGCACUGCGCAGUGAAAAAGAGGCGUUGCUGCAGAAACAGCAGCAGCUGGAGCAGGACCUCGUCAGUUUGCGUGGCCAGAAUACUGACCUGAAUGGCAAACUCAAAGUCCUGGAGGAAUCUCAGCAGGAGUUGGAGAAGAACCUGGUGGCCGUACAACUUCAGCACCAGCAGGAUAACUCCAAGCUGCAAACCCAGCUGGAUGAGGCAGAAAGACGCAGCAAGGCUCUGCAGAAAGAGUAUGAGGAGGCUGAAAUGGAGCUUUCUGACCUAAAGGAAAGAUACGAGAAGACUGAGCAAGAGAAACAGACACUGACAGACCAACUGGAGGAAUUCAAAGCUGGCAUGGAGGAUUUACAGGAGAAAGGGUCAACUACGCCACUUUUGCUGCCUGUUCAAGCCAUAGUCAUCGGCCUUAUCCUGGCUUUGCUGUUUUGGUGCUUCGGCGCAAUGUGGUAGCAAGAAGCCGUGGAUGAUCUGGGGGCCAGUGGUUGCUGUGGCUCUUACAGCUGUGACGGCCGCGGUGCUCUUCAGGACCUGAGAGCAAACUUUCCAAACAAACACAUGUAGAGGUUUAUUCUUAUUUGAUUUGUUCAAAACUUGCCCCCUUUACAUAUCUGUCCCAGUAAUCAGGGGGGCUCAUAUUUAACAGUUUUUCUUGCUAAGAUGUUCUAUUUUAGAUGGCAGAGAUGUUUCUAAAAGAAUGUGAGUUGUUAUGUGUGUAAUGAUGGGAACUUAGUUGGACCGUGUCAAGUUUACUAUUUUGACUCAUAGGAUUAUCUGUUAAUGAAUGUAAAACUUAAACCAUGCUUAUCUAACUCUACUUAGAUAUCUUUAAUUAUAUUUAAGGUCAAUCACUUUGAGUUCCACUACUCAUAGCACAUUUUUUGUUAUUGUUAGAAUAAUAAAGUUGUCACAAUAACAUCCCCAAAUGGAGUGCACACUGAACGAAACUGAUUGAACAGUAUGUUGGUUGAUGGUGUUGGAUGUGUUUGCAGAACCAGAGGCAGAGCUUAGACAAACCGUAUUUGGUUACAUUUUUUGUUUCAGAGGCCAUUAUUAAACACAACUGCAGCAACUUGAGUUUUGAGUCAUUUUUUUCUUGGCUCAGUUUCUUUCCUGCAAAUGUUUUGUUGUGUAUUCUGUUCUGCUUUCCAUUUAAGGAUUGUGAACAGUAAUCAAGUUUAACCCCAAUUAGGAAAAACCGAAUUGUGCUGUUACUUGCUAUUAUUAAAUACUUAAUCUCUUUAUAAAA